ACAGUUUAAUAGCACAACACUAAGGCUGCAGUGCCGUACAACUGAAAUGUACAGCAUGUCAAGGAUGAAAGACACUACUAACCUGGGUUUCUUAAUGACUUACUUAGCUGCGAUGUUUUUGCCAGUAUGCAGUUGGCAUGACCUGGACAACACUGAUUAUGACUGCUGGCCCAUUGAUCAACCCAAUGAGUACAACAUGAUUGACUGUGGAGGGCUUCAGAUGGCAUGGGUGGUACGUCCUCCUGAAAAAGUUACCAGUGGACAGGAGUUUAAUGUUACCUUCUCUGUUCAGGUUUCUGAUAGCUUCUAUGAGAGAGCUGUUAGAGACAACAUUCUUCGUUUCAGCAAUGCAAGUGAAGCCAAGAAGUUCUGUGAAGAAAAGGAUUGCCCCUUGAGCUGGAAAGAUGCAAAUGAAGAAAACUGUUGUAUUCAUCAUGCUAACAUUCAUUCCUGUCCACUGUCAUUCAUGAAAAAGGGUGGAAUUUGUGGACCAUGGAUUCCUGAUGAUGGUAAAAUCGUCACACACACUAUAUCUCAGGCUGGAAAAAUGACACAGCAAAACUGGACGUGCAAGGUUGUCUUAUUCUUGACUGGCAUAACUUCUAUGAUAGCACACAUCAAAGUUGGACAUAUGCAUGCAGCGCUGGAAGCCAAAACCUCAGUUAGCAGUACCAAAGUAUGCGGUGAUGAGAUCUGUGAACCAGAUGAAGGCUGUGCCCUCUGUCCUGCUGACUGUGGUCCUUGUCCCAUGUCAAUGUCCAUCAAAAUUGCAAUCGGAAUUCCAAUUGCCUUUUUCUGCAGUGCUUUCUUGCUCACCCUGGUGUGGUUCCAGUAUCAGAAGCAGAAAAUGCUCUGGGAUGAAAGCUGGAUCAUUAAUUUGAAAGACCUCAUCAAAGGCAGUGCAUUUGAAAGUGACUUUGGAAGUAGUCUCAGCUUACAGAAAGCAAAUAACACAAAAGGAAGCAGUGGGGCUGACAUUACAGUGAGCAACUGUACUUUGAAACACAGUGUCAUACAAGCAGGCAUAUAG